UGAGGACUGGCACAACCCGCAGGGCAAGCAGGCGGGCAGGCGGGAUGUCGUUCAAGAGGGAGGGAGACGAUUCCAGCCAGCUCAAUGUGCUCAAGAAAAGAAGAGUGGCUGAUCUUCUGGCUCAUUACAUCGCGGAGGACGAAGCCUUGCUCCUGAGAGACGGCAGAUACGCCUGCACCGUGUGCUUCCACAGGCCCGUGUUUGAUACUCUGGACAUGCUCACCGUCCAUCGGUCGGGAAAGAAGCACCUUGCCAGCUUGCAGAAGUUCUACGGAAAGAAACGUUCCCUCGAGGACGAAGUACAGAAACGCCAGCAGCAGGCGUAUCUCCGGGUUGAGGAAACAGGCGCCCAGGCUGCUCCAGGCCCCGCUCCUUUACUCCUGCAGACCAAGAAAAUCACCCAGAAUGCUUUGCUGAAAACUGCGCCCUAUAACAGCUGCUGUCGACGGAACAGGCCUGCCGCAAAUGACCCUGGCUCGGGCUGUUCAAGGGCCGGUCCUGACAUCAGAGCCACAGAGAGGGCAGAGCUGUGCAAACCCAGCAGUGCGACACAGAUGGACAGAGACGGACCCAUCGGGGUGGACGCCACUCCCAGCGCGCAUCUCCCUGGAUCUGCUCACACAGCCGCAGGCCUGCAGAAAGAAGCGUCUCCGAGGUCCAAGAAGAGGCACAAAGGGAAGUCCUCUUCCACGCCGAUGCCUGCCUCCCAGCCUGAAGACCUUGCUCCGGAGAAGCGGCAGGCCCUCGAACAUUAUCUGCGGCUGAAAAGCUCCGGAUGGAUCCAAGACGGCUCCGGGAAGUGGGUCAAAGACGAGAAUGUGGAGUUCGACUCUGAUGAAGAAGAGCCCCCGGGACCGGCUCCGUCUUGAUGCUCCCCCUCCUCCCUUUUUAUCUCUCCCUUCCCGAGGGAACACCCGGAAGACGUUUGUGCGCAGUUCUCCGUAGACGGUGUCCUUGGAAGAGUGUCAGCAGCAAGGCGGGAAACAGGAAUUAAAGAGCAAAUGUUUUUAUAAAUAUAACUCAGGCCGGGGCUGGCU